UGUCCUCCCCCCCCUCUACCCCCCUCCGCAGAACUCAAGCACGAGAUUCUGGUCUGGAGGCAGACGGCUCAGCGUAUCAACCCGGCCAGCCGGGAGGAGACGGCGGUGAAGUGCCUCCUGAUGCAGAAGGUCCUCAACCUGGAGAGUCUGCUCCGCAAGAUGAUGAAGACCUUCCACAGUCAAAUUUCUCAAGAGGACAAGAACUGGGAGCAGAACAUCCAGGAGCUGCAGAAGAAGCACAGGAUAACCGACACGGUGCUGCUGGUGAAGUGCGUGUCCGUCCUGGCCGUGGUCAUCUUCAUGUUCUUUCUCAACUCCUUCGUCCCCAGCAUUCAUCUGGAGCUCGGCUGGAUCGCUAUCCUGGGUUCACUGUGGCUGCUGGUUCUGGCGGACAUCCAGGACUUCGAGAUCAUCUUGCAUCGGGUGGAGUGGGCCACGUUGCUCUUCUUCGCCGGCCUCUUCGUCUUGAUGGAGGCUUUAGCUCAGCUGCAGCUCAUCGACUACGUCGGGGAACAGACGGCGCUGCUCAUCAAAGCGGUGCCAGAGGACCAGCGCUUGGCCGUUGCCAUCAUCUUGGUCAUGUGGGUCUCGGCUCUGGCUUCUUCUCUCAUCGACAACAUUCCCUUCACUGCCACCAUGAUUCCAGUUCUCAUCAACCUGAGUCAGGACGCAGACGUGAACCUACCGGUGAAACCUCUCAUCUACGCCUUGGCCAUGGGGGCCUGCCUCGGGGGUGACAUGUUUCUGUGUUCUUUGUUUAGAGAGACAUGAGGGGGAAGUGAAUGAGAGACAACAGCGCGCAGCCGGGAAUAUGUGGACAUGUGACCAAACCCACCGCGUCAACAUCUCAGCCUGAAGUAGUGAAAUACAGACGGUUGCUUUCUGAAGAAAUAACGACAAUUAGAAAUCGCACACUAAGUGCAUGUGACGUACUUUCUGAUAUCUGAGGGAAGGUGUUUGGUGGACGUGAGGGGAGAACGACGGGACCCGCAGGGGAUGAGAGGGUGAGAGAGGGUGAGGGAGUGAGAGUGUGAG